AUGAUAAAUAAAAUAUUGGAUGAUGAAUAGAAUAGAAAAAAACAACCAACUCAUUUGAUUGGAAAUCAUAGUCAAAGAGAUUGGUUUGUUAGUCUAAUUGAAUUAGGUACAAAGAUUUAGUAUGAAUUCUAAGUUAUUUAGCAGAGGAGAACGAUGUCAGUUAACAUUUUUUGGCUUCAUCACUAUAUCGGUAUUUGAUGAAUUUGAUCAGAAGAAAGGAAAAUUCUUUCAGAUAAUCAUAAUGAAAAUGGAGAUGUAGAUUAUUAAUUCAUUUUAAUGA